GACAGUGGCGACCUCCGACGCAUUUUUCAACCGGCGUGAUUCGACAGAAACGAGUAGUUUGUAUUAGAAGUUCGACCUGCGAUAUUUUGUUGAAAAAUGGCAAGAGACGUGAAUAGAUAUUUGUCAUCGCAGCAAGCUAAAGCAUCUAAUAACGAUAUAGCUAGAGAAUGGGCUAUUUUAGAAGAAUUAUAUACAAAAAGGUUAUGGCAUCAAGUUACAUUAAAAGUUCAAGAACUUGUAAAAUCAUCUUAUUUACAAGAAGGAACAGCAUUGAUAGAUCUUUAUGAGAAUUUUUUGGCUGAAAUUGAAAAUAAAAUCAAUCCAUUAUCAUUGGUUGAAAUAAUCAUAUUUGUUGUAAAGAAAAUAACAGAUUAUGACAAAUGUUUGGAUUUUCUAAGUAAAACAAAAGAAAAAGUUAAAGAAAAUACAAUGGCAGUAAUCCUUUGUAACAUUAUAAUUGGCCAGAUUAAAUUAAAUCAUGGAGAUUUAGAAGGAGUAAAGAAACUUGUAGAAGAAACAGAAGAAAUGAUUGAAUCAUUAGAUGGUAUUACAACAGUACAUGGUCGCUUUUAUCAACUAUGCAGUGACUAUCAUCGUGUAAAGAAAAAUUAUGCAUGCUAUUACAGAGAUGCUCUUCGUUUUCUUGGAUGUACAGAACUUGAAACUAUUCCAUGUCUUCAGAGCAGUAAGGCUAACACCUUAAGUGCUUGGUCAUUUGGCAAUGAAAUUUUAAUAUAUAAAUGGCUUGCUGUAGAACUGUUGGUGAUGAAGGCUCUAUCAUUGGGUUUGGUAAAGGGUUCCAUAGAUGGAGUGGAUAAGAAAGUACAUAUGCACUGGGUUCAGCCAAGAGUUUUGGAUAAGCAACAGAUUGCAUCCAUGAAACAGCAAUUGGAGCGUUGGUGUCGAGAAGUGAAAUCUACAGAAAAUCUGCUUCAAGCUGAAGCUCGAGAUAUCUUGACCUAAACUGUUGUCAAACAUUUUCAGUUUGUAUAGAAUUUGUCACGUUUCUCAUUUUCAAAGAUAUUAAAAUAAUGUUUUAUAUAUUA